UUCUUCCUUCUGUCAUAGAGAACUUUUGGGACAACUAGUUGUGUUUUUUAAGCCUUCUUUUUGAUGAUUUUGUGCAAUUAUUUUGUGGUAUCGUUUUACUGACGUUUGCUUGGGAGGAGGUAUCGCUGCUGCCUGUACCACCCAUUCGGCGGGUUUAGGGAGAGGUCGCAAUGCCAAAGUCAUUUCUGGUGAAGACGGUGAAGGGAAAGGACUCUGCGGACGCUCGGCAUAGAGUGAGCGAGACCCCGCACACUUACUCAGAGCCCUGGAGCUACACAGAGGAAGGACUCGUCGAUAACGCUUUCUCAGGACACCAGAGUGACAACGGAAUGAACAUGGCAAUGUUCGGAACCCUGGCUACACGCGCCGAGCUCGGCGGAGGCACCAAGACCACCGGCCCGCAGCCAGGCGACAGGGACAGUGGUUGCUCACUCGCUGCCCGAGUCGAGCCCCGCUCGUCCGACAAGAAAGAACUGGCUUUCUCCAUAGCACGAAUUAUGGAGCCGUCGCCGAACAAACCCACCCCGAGGCUGUCCGCGGGCACCGCCGUGGACUCCACCGCUGACUUCCGACGCGGCGUCCCGUCCCUGGGCCAGCCCUGUUUCCCCCUCUCUGUACUGGACCUGAGCGGUGCCGCGGACUUACGGAAGGGACUCCUGACAGAACACGCCGUCAAGUCGUUCCGUCCGGCACAGCUAACCGCCGAAAUGUCAGAGGCGAGCCGUCGGAAAUUCUUCCACACGGACUUUCGACUCCCGACACUCCGCACGGACUUGAUCAAGCCCUACCCGAUCUACUACAGCAGAGAACAGGUCCUGCGCGCGCCGACGGCUCCCUUCGCCUUCUACGAGAACAUGAACGCCGUGAGAUUUGUGGACUUCUACUCUAAAGAGACUAUCGCCAACUUUCCCCUGUCACUGGACGGAGGCAAGGUGCUGAGCGGUAAGUCCGUGCUGACGGCCCGAGGCGCCGGGACAGACAAUAAGGGCAUUCAGUACGGGACCAGCCCGGCCGGCAUCCAGAUCAGCCCCACCGCAGGAUUGCCGCUAGCGAAGGGCGGGACUGGAGCAGAAAAGGCUCGGGGCGGGCGUGGGAAACGUGCCGCCAACAAACAGAAGACCUUCCCGUGCGAAGUCUGCGGGAAGAUCUUCAACGCGCACUACAAUCUCACCCGCCACAUGCCCGUGCACACGGGAGCCAGGCCCUUCAUCUGCAAGGUGUGCGGCAAAGGUUUCCGCCAGGCCUCCACGCUGUGCCGACACAAGAUCAUCCACACACAGGAGAAGCCUCACAAGUGCCAGACCUGCGGCAAGGCCUUCAACCGGAGCUCCACGCUCAACACACACAUGCGGAUCCACGCCGGAUACAAACCCUUCGUCUGCGAGUUCUGCGGUAAGGGCUUCCACCAAAAGGGCAACUACAAAAACCACCGGCUGACGCACUCCGGCGAGAAGGCUUACAAGUGUCACAUCUGCAACAAGGCCUUUCACCAGGUGUACAACCUGACCUUCCACAUGCACACGCACAACGACAAGAAACCCUUCACCUGCGACAUCUGCGGCAAGGGCUUCUGCAGAAACUUCGACCUGAAGAAGCACAUACGUAAGCUACACGACGGCGGGAACGCCGGUACGGUGCCGGGUACGGCCUCGUCCAGCCCCUGCGUCAGCCCUACACCUAACGUACCGGACAAACAACAACAACAAGAAACAACACUUCCAGCCGCAGAGUAAGUCACGGGCAGUUUGUGAACAAUACUGUUUGUCGUGUCUAAUUAUCCCUGAGAACUGUGUAAGAACGAACUGAAUACCUUCUCAAUUCAGGACUUUAUAGAUUCUACUUCUUGGAUUGUCAAUAGAUUGAGGAAACUCUUGUUUAGAGUCGCUUGUUGCUACAAGUGCAGUACAAGUAUCAAUUGGAAAUGACAUUGUGACGUAAGUACCAUUGCGUACUUCAGGCUCCGGAAUGUAUUUGUGCUCGGGUGAAUUUUUGUAGAGAGAGAGAUACAGUAGUCGCACAGACACAGACAUGUCGUCGGUCCGUUCGUGUGGUCUUGUCGUGGGUCGUCCUGUGCUGUGGGAACUCCAUGUGAUCUCGCUUGUAACAGUGUAUUAGCGCAUUUAUCAUUAUCGUUAGCUAUAUCUUUAUGAGACUUCACCGGUAACUGAUUCUUCUACCAGCGAUAAAUGGUUUCACGAACGAAAAUUGACCCAAAUUCGGAUUGACAUGAACAUUUGGCGUCUAAGAAUAUAGUUCGGCAAGUUUCCAUUUUGGUGUUACUUCAGUUUGUGUUGUAACGCUCCAAUUAUUGGCAACUUUUGAAUUCACGCCACGUUGCGUAGUCUGUUUGUGUGUGUGCAUGUCACAUGAAGGCAGCUCUCACAUAGAUCAGCGGGGCACGGUGCGAUGUGCUCGGCCUCGCCGCUGACUGUCGCCAUUGUUCGGCACCGGUUCGGGGGGUUCCGUGGCGCCCCGGGCCACGUCGCUCCGUAUCAUAUCCGGCGGAGGUGGCCCCCCGACCCACGCGCGCCUAAACGCCUGUCAAUCAUGCGUGUGUUCCUCUUCUCCCUCCCCGACACCUUUUCUUGACUCGUCCUGACGACCCCACUGAUCGGCACUUAUCAGUCCGCUUCAUUUGGUACCGAGCGGUUAGCUUUAAGCACCUGGAUGAACAGGUAUUAUCUUAAUUUCCGUCAGGAGAAUUCUUGGCUUGACUUCUCCGCCCGAAGAAAGACCACUUCGCCAAAACUACUUAAACCCGUACUUGUCGUCCAGAAAAUGGGCAGAUUUUGCCGGCCGACAUUUGGCGAGACGUUCUUUUGUGAGAGCACACUGUUAAAAGGACGCGAGAGAAAAACGUCCAGGUCUUUUAUGUGGCAAUGAAAGGAGAGUGUUGCGUGUAUGGCUAUCUUUAGCGUAGAUCAAAAUCGUGUAAACUUGUGUAAAGCAUUCCGAAAUUUGCUCACACACAAAGGCUGAGAGAUAGCAAUCUUUACUCAAUCGCAAUCCUAUCAGCUGUCGCUACACAGCCUGCCACAUAAAUUGUCCACCAAGCGAGUCGUCCAUGUCUAGAGUCCUGUCCACAGGCCAUAUCACAACUCUCCGAUCUUAUUCAUUGUGCGAUUGUCGUACUGUCGCAAACAUUCUUGGGUUAGCCGUGCAGGUGUCGUACAAUAUCUAGCUAGCCUUAACUCCUUGUAAGCAGUUUGUCCUGUCACAGAAAAUGCUACCACAUCAAAAUUGCAAGGCGGCCUACGUCGAAUGUGACCAGGCCCUGACCAUCAAAAACCUCUAUCACCGUUUUCAUCAGUUCCGAAUACAGCGGCUGUCGCCUAAUGACAGAAACCGCGAACAGUUUUAAUACUAACGACUUGGUUGGAAACUCUGACAGGAGUGCCACAUGGGAGACUGACACGCAAACCGUGGUGAAAACCGCUUUAUUUGCCCAGAGUCUCUCCAAUUUCAACCCAUCACACGUGCGAGAGGCCACAAAAAUGUCGCGAGCGAGUUCCGAACGGGUCACACCUAACCGCGUGAUCCGUCUCACGAAAAGGAAUGCCGAACAGCUAGGGAAACCGUUUGAAACGACUAUCAUUCAAAAUUAUUUCUUUGUUUCGGAAAAGGUCGAAGGGGUCGCCAUGAAGACAGACUGAUUGCAAGACCAAAGUCACGAAACCGACGUGCUUUUUGUUUCAUCUCCAACCCCCAGGAGCUAAACUGUUGUGAACAUGCGCAUUUCAAUGUUGCAGGCACACACUGCGAGGAAAUACCCGGAAACAUAAAAGCCACCGCGGACGAUGUUGGUUAGUUCUUACAUAUGUAGUUUGACUAGAAAAAAAGGAGUUGAAAUUAGGAAAAAGAUGAGUUUUUCUGUAGAUAGUCAAGGUGAGAAACAACUUAAGUAAAACAGACAUUUAAGCGUUUUAACGGUUUGCACAACCAGGAAAUAAUGUGAAAAGAAGUAAAGGAAAUGGUAUUUAUAAAACUUGGUGAGUUUUAAGCAUUUUGACCAGUAAAUUUUAUUGCUGUCAUCACAGUGUGUGAAAAGAUGAUAAAAAUACAUUUUUGUACAGCUUUUUGUUGUUGAGCGUCUCCAAUGAUGUACUGAACGUAAAGUGAACUGGGUGUAUACCAAAGUAUUACAACAGAUGUAUAUAAAACAGAUCAUACGGGCUGUAUACGUGAAACAUGUAUACCUUCAUGUAUGGCUAUAUGAAUGUACUGAUAUAUAUACACGGAUAUUUAUAGCGUCAAAAGAAGCUCUUAUUUCGUUUAUUGAUGAGUUAGUAUAUGUAUUGAUAACUUAAAGCGUGCUUAAGAAUAUCACGUUAUCGAUAUUGUUGCUUUUGAUUGAAAUAAAACGGAUCGCAGUGAGAAA